AUGCAAGAUUUGCUCUUGAGCAAAAGUGAAACCGCAACCCCUAUUGCAGGAACAGUACCCUUCCCAUUACUGUCACCACAAGGCGUGAGAGCCUAUCGAAAGGCAUUGUUUCAACAGAAUGUGAUUGAAAAGUGCGCAAGUUCGCCUUUUCCGGGUACACUGGUUCUUCGAGACGCAGUCAAACACUCUUCAUUUAUUAGAGAUUUUUGGACUCACCCCGAGACAAUGAGAAUAGUAUCUGACGCUUCUGGGGUGCCUUUAGAGGUGGUCAUGCCCACGGAGAUUGGACAUACAAAUAUUCAGGCUGAGGGAGCCACGAUUGCAGAGAUGGUAAGCAACCUGAAAGUCGAGCCGUCAGUAGAGAAAGUGGAGUUGAGUCCGGCUGAACGGGCUUAUGAUCCUCUAAAAGAUGAAACAUCUAUUAUACCCUGGCACUAUGACUCUUAUCCUUAUGUCUGUGUGCUCAUGCUAAGCGAGACUAAUGGCAUGGUCGGUGGAGAAACUUACAUCAAAAGAGGAGAUGGCAAAUCCCAAAAGGUCGAGGGUCCACAAAUCGGACACGCAGUAAUGCUGCAAGGAGGAGAAGUCCAGCACCUGGCAGCUCGAGCUAAGGGAGUCAAAGAACGUAUUUCUACCAUCACCUCCUAUCGGUCAAAGAUUCCAAACACAUACGACUCAAGCUACAUCACCAACAUCCGGCCUUAUGCAGAUCUCGGAUCGCUCUACCCCGAAUGGACUCGCUAUCGCCUGCGAAAGCUACGAGAUGAAAUUAGUUAUUAUCUCGACAAGGCCGAGAAUGAAUCAAGCUCUGCUUUUCAAAGAGAAGAAUUGCAAAAUAUUAUAAAUCAGCAGAUUGAGUAUUUGCACCGAACUUCUCGCCAGAUGGUCUCUCCGGAGUACAAAGAGCGGAUCCUGAAGAAAUACGGCAAAGCAGCCUAUUAUGAUGUCUUUCGGAUUUGGGAGACCGUUCAGGAAUUGCCAGAGUUUGAGAGUCUCGCAUCCUUGACGGAUCAAGAGCGAGGUUGGAUGCCGGAGAGUGUAUAUUGGAUGGAUCUUCAAAAGUCCAUUGAGAUCAUUCGAAUCAAGAAUCCGCUACAGAGCACACUUGGUACUCAUCUGUGGACUAAGCCACGGAAGUUUUACAUGGGCGAUGAGUUGCUGCGGCAGGGCUUGAACGAAGUAUUUUUAGACUGGCUUGGAAGCUCCGGUCUGUGGGAUAUUUAUUGCAGGUCUUGA